AUGUCUUCGCAUUUGGUGGAAACGAUGAUGAUCAAUGUAGAGGACUUCUCGGAGAGCUUUCUCACCUGUGGGACCUGUCUGUCCGGCUACGACUCGGCUGCUCAUUCUGCCAAACUAUUGCCCUGCUCUCACACCGUCUGCCGCACUUGUUUGGAACGUAUCCUCGAGACUCAGGCGGACGAGGAAACAAUGCGUUGUCCAAUAUGCCGCGAGACAAUCCUGGUGCCACGGGGCAGUGGUGGUGCGGCCACUUUUCCGCCUGCCUUCAUUGUCAAUCAACUGCUCGAUCUGAUGGCUAGUCAGCGACGUGACCGCGUACCCAAGUGUCGGCGGCACCCGAAUCAGGAGUUGCUCUUCUGCGAGACCUGUGAUGUCAUCUUCUGUCCCGACUGUCGCGGUGGUAGCACUCGAGGUCACGCGACAGAGGCCUGCAGCGGUGUGGAUGCCAGUGGUGGUGGAGGCGGUAGCGGUGCUGCCCUGUCUCACAACGUUAUCAGCUUUUCCGUAGCCAUCAAACGUUGCUCUGAGAUUCUCCUCUACAAGGCCAGUCUCUGUGUGCAGGAGCUCAAUAGCGCACAGGAGGCUGUGAACGCUGAGCUACAACGUCUCGCGGAGUCCACUGAGGCUUGUGUCGCUGCGGCGGAGUCGAGUUUUGCGGAGAUUCGAGCACUGGUGGAGCGCAGACAGGCGGAGGUGACGCAGAGCAUUCGACGCAUAAGUGAGGAGAAGCGACACGCACUGGAGGACCAACUGGCUCUCAUCGAGUCCGAACGCGGUCUGGUGCGCGAACAGUGUGAUCGUCUCAAUAGUCUAAUCGACGUGCGCUCCAUCUCAAAGGGGAUCAGUUACCUGAACGACAAGUUGGACACGAUAGCGAGUCUGACGGAGCCACGCGAGAACGCUUUCUUGCGUUAUCACGACAAUCCUCCUUCACCACCUUCUUUGCAACAGUCAGUCAGGGGCGAAUGCUCGGCACUGACAGCAGCAACAAGAACCACGACUCCACAGCCCGGAUCAGCGAGUUUCGUGGACAUUGCCCGGUGUUUGGCGGCUUUCGGUCGCAUUGCUGUGAGCACCACCUAUCCACCAUUGUGUACAGCCAAACUACCAGAGGAGCUUUACCUCCACCUACUCGCUAAGGUGAUGGUGCGGGCCUACGACUACCACGGUGAGCCUCAGACUGCAGGCACUGAUCCAAUUAAUGUGCGUUUCGAGGAUGCCCAGGGUCGUGAGGCGCCUGUGUGUCUGGUAGAUCACGGCGACGGUACCUACGAGGUCAGUCUGUGUGCUCUCAGUCCAGGCGCGCACUGUCUUGUGGUGCAGAUUCUCUCUCGCCCCAUCCGUGGUUCACCCUUCAAUCUGCACGUUCGUGGACGUCAGAGAGCGCGCUGGAGCAUUGUGGAUGGUCCAGAUGGUCGCGGACUAGUACAGCCAUUCGCUGUUGCUGUGGUGCCCUCCAGUCGAUUUCAGACACCAACUGCUACCACCAUUCCAACACCACCAGACGACAGUGUUAACGUCCUCCUUCUGGACACAGGAAACAGUCGUCUCCUGGUUGCUGACGCAGCCACCGGACGCGUGAAGUCAGUGUUGGGGGGCAGCGAGGCUCUUCGUGGUCAGGCGGCCACUGGCAUGGCGCUAGGACCGCGGGGACUGUGGAUUGUGAAUUGGCGAGCAAAUGAACUGAUGCUGUUGGAUCUGCAGUCAAAUGAGAUCGUGGAUCGUAUCAGCAGUUCGAGGUUUGUGGAACCUACGAGCGUUUGCAUUUGCCCUUGCACUGGACGUAUUCUUGUUGCUGACAACGGUGCAGGCUGUAUUUUCGCCUACCAUAAUGGUGAAGUUCAUCCACUAAUCGGUGGUGGAAGUGACAGCAGCAGCAACAGUAGUAGCAGCAGUAACAGUGGUAGUGGAGCGGUGAGUGCUCAGAACAGCUGCCGUGGUGUGCGGAAAUUUGCCUCCGCUGAGCGCUUCAUGAACGAUGCCUUGCGUCGUAUCACGGGCAUCUGCGUAAUGACUUCCGGCGAGAUUGUUCUCGCUACUGGCUCCGAAUUGAGGAUCUACUCCUCAGACGGUGCAUAUAUUGGGAGUCUCUACGCACCUCUAAGUGGUGGAGGCGGCAGAGGAGGCAUGAGUGUGCAGUCCCAAAUGCCAUUACCUCCUACCGCUAGUGCAAGCGACGAAGUGGAUGCUGAUGUUUGUCUGCCCUCCACCCUCACUUACAACUCCCAACUGCGGUCGCAACGACCCGCAUCCUGUAGUGGUAGUGGACUCUCUUCUGCCCCUGGAAGUACCCUAACUCUUGAUGCUACCACCACGCAUCAAUCGCUGCGUCGUCCUCCCUCCAUCGGUGGUUCGAUGCGUCCCACCACCUCCGUGACUGGUUGUGUUGGUAGGCGUGGUGUUGCGAGUGCUUCGUGCGCCGCCACUGCAGCGCUUCGGGGUCACUUUGGCGGUGUCUGUGCAACUCGCACCACUACCGAUUUGGGCGAGUGUCUACUUGCUACUCACACUGAUCGAUCACGUUCGGCGGUUGUUGUCUACCCUGAGGUGGUGUGGCGUGCAGUAAUUGCUGAUACGUCUUCCUGCGUCACUGCCGCUGGUGAGUCGGUAGCCAGGGGUGAGGGAGAGUCGAAGUUGGGAUUGGGCGCGGAGGAGCUGGGAGUGAGCCUGAUGCGUCAGGCGAGAAGACAGGCGUACACGUUGGAAGUGGAGCCGGGUAUGAGACGACUGGCUGGACUGGCGGUGUUAUCAGACACCUCGCCCUUCUUGGUAGCCGUGGACCUCGGCGGACAGUCGGCGCAUUCAAAUUCUACUGUACUAGUGCUACUCUUCCUCUCUGUUGUGACUAUUCCAUGUCCACCCUCUUCCCCCCUUCUCCUGCCCUAUUUACCUCCCCACUUACCCCAUGUUUACGCCAUGGGCAAACAGAAGUGGAUAGGCAUGGUAGAUUUGGUCUACCUCACUUCGAGUCUUGACUAG